CCUUCUCCGACUUCUCCGUCAUCUCUGCAAAAGCUUAAAGCAAUUAGACAAACCGCAACCUUCAUAAGCGUAACCCGAAAACCAAGGAAGCUUCCUUUUGGCAGCGCUUUCAACUUGCAAGCCACACUUUGACAUAUCCAGAACCUAACUGCACCGCAUGUCCGUCAGCCAUAUAUCCCAUCUUGGACUUUUUGAACUUCCAACGUCGGUACCAGCAGCAAGCACGAACACCAGAAUACCAUUUCGUCGAAUAGCCGCUAUAUGUUCGCCUGAACUGUAAAACGUUGAAGAUAUUCGAAACCUCCUUGCACCACCGGGAGACACUUCUUUCAUUGGUAAACGGUCGGCCAGAAACAAAUAUCGCGAGCUUAACAAACCGCCAACGAGCUCACCCUGAGGAUGAGCCACUCCGCACUACUCUCCGGCGUAGUGCAGUCACCACUGACAGCGCCUGCCCAAAAAGGCCGGCCAGGGCCCGGGUCCGUCAGCUCGUUUUUCGACGCGAACCCAACAGGUCAUGGGUCACCACAUAUGCCGCGGGCAAUAAACAAUCGCGUCUCACCGUUUCCGAUGGAUGGAGCCGGACAGGGAAGUCCGAUGGGGUCGAUGCAUGGGAUAGCCGAGCCGAAAUCACGGUCUCUGUUUGGGGUGGAAGCGCGGCAGAAUGGGACGUUUGUCGAUGGGUUUGGGGCGCCGUCGUCUCCGGGAGCGUCGGCCAUGGGGAGAGCUUCGUAUUUCGCUGGGCAGGGACAAUCGGGGAGCCCGGGGAGCAGUAAGGUGAAUGUGACGGGCGGCUUCGCUGGAGCACCGGGGAAGGGAUUGUUCGGUGCAGGGCCAGGGCCCGGGAGUGUGUGGCCGGAAGCUGGAGGUUCGUAUGCUGGUGGACCGCUGCAGGCGAAUGGCUCCGCGCUUCCGUCACCACGACCCAUGGCGGCCUCAACUACGGAUUUAUUAGGUGGCGACCGAAGCAGAUUGCCACAACCACCACGACAGAAUCAACAAUCGCAACCAUACUCAGCGCAACCACAACCACAAAAUCGAUUACUGCAAUCACUUCAGCCACAACAGCAGCAAGCGUUCGGAUCACAGCAAAUCAAUACCCCUCACUUAGAAACGCCAUACUCAAGUUUUGGAACAGCUCGCCGCUCAUCAGACGUUCUCCCUGCAAGCAUAAGCUCACAUGCUUCUGCCAAACGGUCCCUACUCUUCGGCACUCCAUUAGACCCGCUCGAGCGAGCGCGACUAGACGCCGGCACAGUAGCGCAUGGAAGUGGCGGAAUAAGCAGUCAUAGUCCCCUAACCUCUGGCAGUGUGGCCCACUCUCCGUUCCAGUCGAACAACGUCAUGAACGAGGGGCCUGUUGGGACAGAAGCAAAUCCGAUGAUGGAAGAACAACGCGACCGAGUCACACCGCUCCUACCGCCGCCAAACAAAUUCACCAACCCAUCUAGUUUUAAAGAAAAACCGAUCCAACACGUCAUCAAGAUCGAAGAUUUCGACAAGGUGGCUGAAAAGCUGGCCGUCGUUGAGAAAGCUGGGUGGUACGAAGGCCACAUCUCUAUGCGAAUGCUCGACGAGCUGCAACGGCUGGAAAAUGAGGAAAACGAUGCGGAUCUGCAGCAGUAUCUGGUAGCCGCCAACGCCGCCGCGGAAUUUCGAGCAUCUCUAGAUGCGCACGAUGGGGAGCACCAUCACCAUGGCGGGGAGGCGGGUGCGUUGGGCGGCGGUGCAGUUGGGCGGAGGGCGCUGGUCGGGGCCAAACCGGACUUACUGCGAAACAAGGAAGAGCAGUUAGCGGUGUUGAACGCGGCUGUCGCAGCAGCUAAGGCUGGCGGGUCCAGCCAGGGGGAUGUCAGCGGUGUGGGGUUGUCACCUAAGGCGCCCGCUUCAGAAGCGUCGAAUAACGAAGCCGCUGAACAAGGAGGGUCGGAUGGGGAACAGGGAGAACGGUCGGACACCACCCAAAACGUGACAAAUCCGCAGACAAGGGGGACGGAUAGCGCACCAUCAAAGAGCGGACGAGAAUCCCCGUCAAAGGAUUCCACAACGACACCAACGCGAGCAUCACGCACAUCCCUCAAAACGAAGCCGCCAGCAAAGUCAUUCUUUGCCCGGUUGUUUGGUUGCGGUGGAUGACGUUAUCAUUCGCCACACCUGCUGCAACAACCCCCGGCGCUUGUACAAACGUUCUCCUCCUAUACCCCCUGCAUCCUGCGUCUAAGAUGCCGUAUUUAGAGCACACCGUAGCCUGAGGCAACGCAUACAGUUAAAUCAACGUAUUUUCAUCUGUCAGAUUCUGUCGCACGCUGUGGUUGCCAGACGGCAUUACGGAACGCGUCCUUAACUUCUUGACUUGACGCGCCAAAUCGUUUUACA